AUUAAUCAUAUCAUAUCAUAGCCACGUUACACUUAUUUAGUGGAACAUAACAAAAUUCUGAAGCUAAUGAGACCACAGCCAUUCAUUACACCUCCACUGGAAAGCUUUUUGGUAGAGAAUUGACUGCAAAAUUAAAUUAAAAUGGGUUUCUGGAUUCUGCCUGAAUUGGUUUUAUUUCCUUGGCUCUUGAAGUUUCAUGGAUCAAGGUUAAUAUUCCCAGUUGCUUGUUCAGGACUUUGUAUUACACAAUUCCUGGUCCAACAUUAACUUUGCUCAGCAGAACACCGAAGACAGAUGAACAUGUUCAACAGCCACCUCCUUUUGUUCUAUUGGACUACUAUACACCUUUUCGUCUUACUAGCAGCUUUGACAACUGCUGAAGAUGUCACUAAUAGCACUUUAAACCACACUAACAUGCUCUUAGGAUCUGUGCCUGUGGUAAUCUCCAGAAUUGAUCACAUUAUAGUCAAAGAAGGUUACGGUGCCUUGAUUGACUGCAACGUUGAAGGCCAUCCGGUCCCAGAGUACAAGUGGUAUAACUCCAAUGGCCAUUUGGUGAAGGAAGAUGAGGACAGAGGAAAGUGGAUUCUUGACAAUGGACACCUAAAUAUUACUAGUGUGACAUUUGAGGAUCGAGGAAAAUACACAUGUGUUGCUUCUAACAUCUAUGGCCAUGUGAAUAAUACAGUGACUCUGAGGGUUGUCUUUACCUCUGGAGAUAUGGGUAUCUACUAUAUGAUUGUAUGCCUUGUCGCGUUCACCAUUGUUUUGAUCUUAAACAUUACUAGGCUGUGCAUGAUGAGCAGCCACCUGAAAAAGACAGAGAAAGCUAUCAAUGAAUUCUUUCGGACAGAAGGGGCAGAAAAACUGCAAAAAGCUUUUGAGAUUGCUAAACGCAUCCCAAUCAUCACCUCAGCAAAAACUCUUGAGCUUGCCAAAGUAACACAGUUCAAGACAAUGGAGUUUGCCCGCUAUAUUGAAGAGCUAGCCAGAAGUGUCCCAUUGCCCCCGCUCAUUAUGAACUGCAGGACUAUAAUGGAAGAAAUCAUGGAGGUGGUGGGACUAGAGGAACAAGGACAGAACUUUGUACGGCAGUCAGCUGAAGGACAGGAGACCACUGAUGUGGAGCAGAUGUACAUGAUGCCCAAUCCCCUAAAGCGCAGAGACUCUCUCACUGCUGACUCGGAUGCGUCUUCUCUGCACGAGCCGCCACUCAAGAUUGCGAUCAAAGUAUCUGUUCACCCGUUGACUGAAAGGGACUGUGUCGAUGACCAAUCACAAGAGAGCAUACAACUAGAUCUUAAAGAAGAGACGGGAGAGGAAGAGACGGCCCCGGCGCCACCUCCUGAGCUGGACUCAGAGCCUUCUGCUGAGCUCAGCCCUACUGAGACAAGUCUGGGAACACACCAGGACACAUGUACUGUUUAUGAAAGCCAUUUAUGAUUGUUUCUCUGCAAAUCUAUGCAUAGCAAGAAAAUUAGGUGAAGCGCUCUUUGAAAACAAAAAAAGAUGUCUUUGCCAGUAAGCCUUACCUGAAGAGUGUCACAGCAAAAGCACGUGUGUGGAUUCCUUGGCACUUUCUUCCUCAUGAUUUAACUUAAGUUUACCCAGCAGAUUUGACAGAACACUUGGUAUUGGGGUGAUAUUUAAGUAGUCUUUUUGGUUGAUUUUUUUUUAAUUAUUUAGCUCACAAAAUGUUUACCUCAGAGAACCCUUGCUUGCAAUGGGGUAGCUGGAAAUCAUGUGUAGUGCUUCGAAACAGGACUUCUAAGCUGUCGUUCCGAAGACUGAUUUCAGAGCAGGGCUGCUGAAGUCAGUGGAAUAAUUGUUCCCAGUCCUAUGGUUGAAAUAUUGCCAUUUUACAUAAGCUGAGGAAAGAAGCUGUUUUUCACUUUGCUCUGUCACUUGCUCCAUUGCAUAUCCUUGUGACAUCUGCUCCCAUGAGUUUGAAGCAUUGCUCAAGAGGGAGCAUUGCCGUAGGUCUUGCAGGAUGCCAUUUACAAAUUGCCUGUGCUGAGUUGCAGUAGAGGGCUAAAAGAAUGGCCAAAUCCAUUUAUUUCAUUUGGUGCAAGACAAUCUGUAUUCAGUGCAUCGGGAUGAGGAAAUGCCCAUUGUCCUUCUUUUUCUCCUUGAAAGUAAAAACAGACACAAAAGAACAUGUCCUUUCACACAAAGGAUACACAGGUCAUCUGUUUCAGUUGGAAGAGGAAGUUGUUGUUUUCUCUAGCCAGAAAACCACAUAUGAAAAGUAGUUGCAGUCUGGAGCACAGCUACCUACUCGUGACAAUGGCCACAUGCAAAGGAGGAAAGGGCUUCUUCUGUAGACGAGCGAAUUUCUACAGGUGAAGACAAA